AAAUGGCAGCUCCGGUUCAAUGAUACCCAACCGAUCACAUCGUUUUGGCUGCAACUCAAACCGGGCGGAAUGUACGGUAAUUUAGUCACGUGGGGCUCCAGCGGCAAAAAUGCCACCUAUAGGCCCAUUACGGCCAAAGUUGGCUCCACUUUCUGCGAGCCUAAAGACAUUUAUGACUACGACAAACGGAUAACACACAUAUCCUUUAUCUGCAAUCACGACCCGACGGCCGCAGAACAGGGCGCCUACUCUACGGGUGCCGAUGAGAUUGUACUCUAUUUGGAUCCCAAGAGAAUGGCCAACAAAUUUGACCCGCAAAACGUCAGCCUCUGUUCGCUCAGUAUAUUUCACUCAUCCGAGUUAUGCGGUGUUCCCGAACGACCACUCAAUAGUCUCGUUCAAGUGGUCAAUCAGGUGGCCAUCUAUUCCUGUGUUGACGGUUACGAACUGAUCGGCCCAAAACGUAUACCAUGUCUGGGUAAUGGCCAGUGGGCACGUGAAUUCCCCGUAUGUCGACUAAAACACAGCCACUGCCCGCAAGUAGUGGACAAAUUUGGCAUAUUUUCCACUUACCAUAACAGAGCGCCCGACGGCUCCAUAAUGUACGGCACAAUAGUGACGGCCCGAUGCGCGACAACCCUAUACGGCAUUACCGGUCGACCAUUGCUGGUGUCGUCGCGAACCCGUAUCUGUCAAUCGGACGGCUCGUGGAGCGGAACCCAACCCUUUUGUAUCGAUUCCGACAAAUAUAAGCCCAAAUCGACGGUCAACUCGUACGGCAUGUCCUCUAAAGCGCUGGUUAUUGUGAUUAUGGUGGGAAUCACAGCUGUCAUCGUGUUGUUAAUCAUAGCUCUGGUGGGACGGACUUCUCAGAAGAAAUAA